CUCCGCCGCCGCCCCGUUGUCUUGUUUCGUCUCUUCUUUUCUUUUCUUCUCGUUCGUCGUUGUUCGUUGUUCGUUGCGCGCCCGCCCUGGACUUCGCACCGCUUUUGCUUGCUUGUGCUCUCUCUCCCUCCCUCCGUCGUCGCUCGCCUCUCUCUGCACGACAUCGCAUAUCGCAUCUCGCAUAUCGCCCAUUAUAGUACACGGCCACUAUAAGCUCGCUCCACAGUAGUAGUAGUAGUAGUAGUAGUAGUAGUAGUAGUAGUGCCCACACUUCACUGCUACUACUACUGCUGCUUGCUGUUGUGCACCCUGCCCACCCGGUCCUGGACCUGGACCUGGACGCCAUGAAGCGUUCAUACUCCGAUACCCAGGACGCUGCUCCUGGUCCUGGACAUGCUGCUACUGCGACGGCCAGUCCUGGGGGCGGCAACAAUAACGUCAACGCCAACAACAAUCCCAUCAUCGCCUCUCCCAUCCAUCAUCCCGGGAAUCUCCUCGGGAAUCAUCAUCAUCACAUCAUCCAUCAUCAGUCUCCCGUCCGCGGCCAUGCUCAAUCUCAUCAUCAUCAUCAUCACCCAUACCCGCAACAGCAUCAACAACAACAACAACAGCAACAACAACAACAACAGCAACAACAACAACAACAACAUACCUCGGCGCCUGCGACGACUGCUGCACCGCCGUCGUAUGCCCGUGCAAAGACGGCCAGUGUGACGCCCAGUAGUGCAAGCGGUGGUGCUGGUGGUGGUGCUGGUGCUGCGGCUUCAGGGGGUAAUAACAGUGGGAACACCACCACCACCUCUGCCGCUACUACUACCACUACUCCUACCACCACUACCACUCCUACUAAUCCUCAUCCCGGUCUUCGUGCCGGUCUUCACGGCGCCGUCGGCACUCCUGCCGCUGCUAAUCCGGGCGGGAAUCCUGCCGGCCAAGACCACGUUCCGAAGAUCUCGAGGAAGAUCCGUGCUUGCAAAGAGUGCCAGUCGCGCAAGGUGCGCUGUGAUGGCCAGGGUUCAAACAAAAAGUGCAAUCGCUGCCAACGCCUCGGCCUGCAGUGCGUCGUAAACAAGAGCUUGCAGACUCUGCUCGAGGACGAAUCAGGAUGGAAGAACUCCAUGGAGGACAAGCUCGAGCAGCUUCAGGCCGCCGUCACCGAAGUCCUGCGCCGCUCCAACUUGCCCCCGUUGCAUUCCUUUGCCGCCGUCGCCGCCGCCGCCGUUGCCGACCCCGAGGACUCGUACGCCCCUCCUCCCCCUGACCGUCCGGACAUGAAGCAUGCCAGAUCCAUCUCAGACCUCACCGCCGCCGCCGCCAGCCCGCACGACCACGUCUCGCCGCGCAACCAGCGCCAGGUCCCAGGCAUGGCCAUGACGCGCGAAAACUCCCCCAACCCGCGCACCCGCGACCAAGACGAAAACACCACCCUCGCCUCCGCCCCCAUGGCCAGCCUGUUCGAGGUCACGAAGCUGCGGAACCUGCGCAACAACCCGACCAGGUCGACGUCCGGCCCGAACCGCGACUGGCUGGAAGACGACUUCAUCUCCAACGGCAAGGUCGCCGAGUCCGAGGCCGCCGAGCUGUUUCGCUACUUUGACACCUCGCUCAACCACUAUCUCUGGGGCGGCAUUGCCCUCGUGCACGACAAUCUGACGGCGGUGCGGAGGUCGUCGGGCGUUCUGGCGGCCGCCAUCCUGGCCGUCACGGCGCUGCAUAUCCCGGGCAAGGAGGGGACCUUUGACAUUUGCUAUGCCGAGUUUCUCGGCCUUGUCGCCGACUCCAUGUUCGACCGCUACCACAGUCUGGACGAUGUGAGGGGGUUCUGCAUAGGGGCUUUCUGGUUGAGUGAUGUAUCCUGGAAGCUGUCCGGCCACGCCGUCCGCAUCGCCACCGAGCUCCUCCUCCACCAGUCCUUCUCGCGCGUCAUGAACGGCGACCAGUCGCACGUCGAGCGCGCCCGGCUCUGGUACUUUCUCUACGUGUGCGACCACCACUUCAGCAUCGCGUACGGCCGCCCGCCCGUCAUCCGCGAAGACGUUGCCAUCACAAACCACGAGCACUUUCUCCGCCUGCCCGGCAUCACCGCGGCUGACCACCGGCUGCACAGCCAGGUCGGCGUGUUCAUCAUCCUGAGCAAGAUCUACGACGCCUUUGUGCAGGACCACGGCGCCGCCCUGGACGACGAGCAGUUUAAGCGGUUAAGGCAGUUCAACUACGACCUCGACGUGUGGCGGCAUCGCUGGGAGGCCCGGCUCGCCCCAAACCCCUACAUCUCAAACUACCCAGCCAAGGGCGUCCACCUGCACUACCACUUCGCCCGCCUCCAACUCAACUCCCUCUCCCUCCGCGCCAUCACCCCCUCCCCAACCACCCCGCUCUCCCCCGACCGCCGCGACUCCGCAACAACAGCAAUCACCUCCGCCAUCGCCAUCCUCGACAUCGUCCUCCACGAACCCGAUAUCCGCAAAUCCGUCGUCGGCGUCCCCCUCUACCUCCACACCAACAUCACCUUUGCCGCCGUCUUCCUGCUGAAAGUCCAGCUCGAGUGGCGUCGUGAGGGCCUCGUCGUCGUGCAUGACCAGGCCGUGCUUGUCCGGCUGGUAGGCGAUAUCGUGAGGUUGCUCGCUGAGGCGCGCGCGAGUGAGCGCCAUUUGACGUAUCAUAUUGCGCGUGGGCUGAGGCGGAUGUUGGAAAGGUUUGUGGAGAGGUGGGAGGGUGGUGCGGCGCUGGAUUCAGAUGGUGGUGCUGCUGUGAAUCCAGGGAGUAACACAGCUUCCACACCUACACCUACCCAAACCUCAUCCUCAACACUCCACCACACCCUCCACUCCCAACCCUCCACCUCUACCAACAAUCCCCCCGUCCACCCCCUCACCACAAACCCCUCAAACAACACCAAUCCAUCCAACACAAACAACAACACAAACACAACAACACUCCAACAACAACAACAACAACAACCCAGCUGGCAAGGCCAACACCUCGGCGGCCAAAUCCCAAUGAACCCAGGCGACAUGAUGUUUGCUGACGGCAUGAACUUUUUCAGUCUCGAUGCCGAGUAUUUUCCCAUGGGCAUUUAUGAUGCGCUUGCGGGGCAGAUUCAGGGGUGACUUUUGGGG